AUGGACGAGGACAUUCCGAGUAGCCCGGCCUCCACGCCCGCCGAGGACCGACGCAAGUCGGGUCGCAUGACGCGUCGACCCGAAGUCUUUUCUCAGAGCAAUCACUCCAUCAUCGAUUUAAAUGCUGGUGGCAAGCGCAAGCGCGGCGACGCGCUCGACCAGUCCGAUAGUGAUAACGACAUAUCGGAAUCCGAAAGCGAUGAUGCGGGUGAUGAGGAAGCCGACGAGGAGGAGCUGAGAGAAAAGCGACGUGCUGCGCGCAAGAAGGGCACAAAGAGGGCACCCGUUAAGAAAGGCUCGCAUGCCGCGAAGAAACCCAAGGUCACGAGUAAUGGCGUGGGAAGACAACUGGCUUUUCGACCUGCAACGAACGGGCGACUGCCGACCUCGCGUCCCCGCAAGCUCAAAGUUCGACCCAGCCUAGUAUCUGGCGAACGAGGGUUAUUUGCCGAGGUUUUUGGAAAGAGCAACCAUGCAGAGACUGCCGCUGCCCAGUGGUUGACUCAAUAUCAACGUAACCCCGCAGUGGCCAUGCGAGACUUGGUCAAUUUCAUUCUCCGAUGCACUGGAGAUGACUUGGAAAUUACCGAGGAGCAGGCGACGGAUAUAGACCAUGCUCCUGGACACAUCGCAGAGCUACAAGAGGUCUACAUCGCGCACAAAAUCCCGGAUUAUCCCCUCAUCUCCAAAGAAAAGAAAUAUCGCGCAUUCCAACCGGUUCUCGAGGAGUUCUUCGCCGCAUUGAUCCAAACGUUCCACCACUCCUCGAUUCUAUACACUGAUGUGGCUCUGCUGGAGAACAUCCAAACGUGGAUCUCAAGCAUCUCGACCGCAGGCAUCCGGCCGUUCCGGCAUACUGCAACUAUCAUCUCGCUAGCUAUGACCACCGCCUUGUGUGGAAUCGCACGCGAAGUAACGACAACUGUAACGACCUCCCGCAAGCAGCUUGAGAGUGAGAAGAAAAAGAAAACCGUCAACAAAGGCCGAGUGGAAGCAAUCCAAACAGCCAUCUCCGAGGGUGAAGCAAAGGUCGAGCGUCUGGAUGAUUCCUUGCAAGAUGGAUUUGAUACUGUCUUUGUCCACCGCUACCGGGACGUCGAUGGCGUUAUUCGUGGAGAAUGCUUGGCGUCUCUGGGCCGAUGGAUCGCCACAUACAGAGAAAUGUUCUUCGAGGGCCAAUACUUGCGAUAUCUUGGAUGGACUCUGGCUGAUGUGGUCGCACAUACCCGGCUGGUAGUCCUGUCGCAAUUGCUCCCUCUCUUCGAGAAAAAGGAUAACAUUGCUGUUCUUCACUCCUUUACGGAUCGCUUCCGCCCGCGCAUUGUGGAGAUUGCUGCACAGGAUGCCGACAUCAAUGUCCGUGUAGCUGCGAUUGAGCUGCUAAACCACCUUCGUGAAGGAGGAUUGCUUGAGCCCGACGACAUUGAUGCCAUCGGUAAAUUGGUCUUCGAUAUCGACCCGCGGAUCCGGAAGACGGCGGGUCGCUUCUUCGUUGCCAACAUCCAAGAUGCAUUUGAAUCAUCAACUGAGGAGGUGGCGGAUGAGAUGAACGAGAUGUUUGCUGACGACGAUGACGAGGACGAGUUCGAAACGCCUAAGCGCUCAUGGAUCAAAUUUAAGACUCUCGUGGAUGUCUUCCAAGCUUAUGAUGACCAUGGUGAAGAUGAAACACCUGAACAAACCACGGCACGCGGUGUGCUUUCUGGAGCGCCCGCGGAUUCCCGAUUCGUUUUGGCGACCGAAGCUAUCUACCCACACAUGGAAGAACUUUCUCAAUGGCAGUCCCUGGCUGGCUAUUUGCUGUAUGACCACUCCCAAAUCGAGGAUGAGCCGGAGGAAGACGACACUGCUGGAGUUGUGCGGACACUGUACAAGAUGAGUGAAGGACAGGAGUCCAUUCUGCUUGAGAUUCUAUGUGCCGCAGUCAAGCUUCGCGUGCUUGAUGUUGCAAAGUCCGAUAUCGACAAGCGCGGACGCAAGGUCAAGGCACUAACUGCUAAGAUUCCUGAGCUGCAGGAGGAAAUUUCUCAUGGCCUUGCUCAAAUCAUCCCUCAGCUUCUGAACAAAUUCGGAUCCGCACCCGAGGCUGCAUCUGCUGUCCUGCGUCUCGAGCAUCUCGUGGACUUGGAUACCAUCCAAGAUCUCCAGAAGGAUGCCACCGCUUACACAUCAUUGUUGAACGACAUCAACAAGCAGUUCUUGACCCACUCGGACCAAGAUGUCUUGGCGGAAGCUAGUGUUGCUUUCUUGCAUGCCAAGAGCUCCGAGGAGAUGCGCGAAGCUCUUGAGGGCAAAGUUCAGGAGUUGUGGGACGAUAUGGUUGACACCCUCGGUGCGCUGUCUCGCAAGAGGGAAGUUCAAGCGGGCGCCUACAUUUCAGAUCCCACUAUCACUGAACUCGCCAACACUGUUACGCGUAUUUUCAACCUCUCCACUAUUACCGAUUGCACAACCAUCCUGGAGACGGUGCCAAAAUCUCACUCAAAAUCCAAGAAAGAUACUCUCGAAGCUCCUUUCAAUACACUCAUCCAUUUGACCCAGCGGGGCACUCGCAAGCUGGACGAGGAUGAGGAUAUCGCCAAGGCGGAAACUGAAGUGGUUGCUAACAGCAUCCGGACCUUGCUUUUCUACUUCAUGUGGAAGGUGCAGGCUCUCACCGCUGCGUUGAAGGAGGGCAAAGCGUCCUUUACCACAUCAUACUUCGAAGCCCUCACGAAAAGCCGCGAGGCUUUUUCCUCUGCUCUUCUUGCUAUUAUUCAGAAGCGUACUGGUCUUGAUGACCUUCGGUUCACAGCUGUUACAACAUAUCUCGACCUUCACACUCUCUUCGGCACUCUUCGCAACAUUGGCCAGGGCGUUGGGAACGAUGAAGAUGUGCUCUUCCAAGCUCAGAGCCUUGUGCACGAGAUUCCUUCCGAGGGCGCGUCUCUCGUCGCCAAGAUCCAAAGCAGUGCCGAGCGCAUCUUUGCUAAAAAGUCCAAGCGAGACCUUGAACCCGCAGAGGAUGAUGCGCCCGCUUCCGAGGACGAGCCCGAGGACGACGAUGAAGCAAGUGACUCCGAUGAUGAGGCUGUUGUCAAUGAGCGUCUCCGUAGCAGCAUGAUUGCGGAGCAACGCCUCUGUGAGUUGACUGGUAAGCUCGUUCUGGCCAUCAUUGGCCGUGUGAUUGACGCUUCUGGGUCGAAGCGCGGUUCACUCAAGAAACGACUCCUUCAUAACAAGAACGGGCUGGGCCAGAACUACCGUGAGGUUCUGUCCUACCUGGAGGAGCGCAAGCCUCGCAGCGCACCACGCAGCAAAGGCAAGCAGUCCGCCAAGGCUGGCGCAGGUGAAGGCGAAGCGCUAACGACAAAGAAGGACUUCAAGUCUGCUGAGCGCAUCGACGAUGACGAGGAUGAGGAGGAUGGGGACAAUGCUGAGCCAGUGGAGGAAGAUGACGACGAAGACUUGCGUGCUCGUGGUCUCGUCGAUGAAGACAUUGACCGUGACAUUGAUGAAAAUGAAGAGCUUAAUGACCUCGCACCCGAAUCGGAUGAGGAUGAGGUGAUGGGUGAUUAA